GAAAACGGCAGCAAGAAUGAGGUCUUUCCCUGCUCUCUGCCUUGCCCUCGCGGCAACACAGCUGUUUGCGGGUGAGCACCACACUCACUCAACCACAUUUGCCUGCCUGCUGAUGUCUGUGUGUUGCUUGUGUGCAGCUGCGCAGGACAGUGAACCCAAAGUCCUGGAGCCCAAGGAGCAGGUGUUCCUUGUGGGCUCCAUCAACGGCGAGAAACACCUGCACAAUGCGGCUCCCAUCACCGUCGACCCCUUCCCCCUCCAUCCCCCCGAGCCGCCCCGCACAGUCACCAUCCUCUUCCAGCCAGACCCCGAGCACGCCACCAAAGAGCUCGAGGACAUCCAAAGCGUCCAGUUCACCGUCAGGAAUGAGAAAGGAAGAGCAGUCUACAAUCGGACGACGUCCAGUCCACCGUUCUCCCUCUUUGCCCACGAGAAGGGGACAUUUCAGGGUGCCUCGCUCGGCACCAAGACUCCCAGCACGCAGCUGAGGCGGAGCCUGCAGAAGGACGGCAACCAUCACUCUUUCCUGCUGCAGGGGCGCCACACCCUUGAGGCGGCGGUGCUGCGGAAAGGAGACAAAGACCCCAAGGUCUUCACCGUCGAUCUGAAGACGACGAACCACAGUGAGCCAGAGAUGCAGACAGACCUACCAGCCUGCCACCCACCACUCAUUCAUGGAUGGCUCUCUGUCCGUUGCGUGCAGGUAGCUCGUUGCUGACCCAUCCCGGGAUAAGUGGGAUAGAACUCGAGAAGGAGACAUCCGACGAGUGGUUCGGCUCUCUCAAGGAAGCGGCCACCAAGGCGGGCAUCGCCUUCGGGUCCGCCAUCUGCCAGACGCCAUUCGACCUGCAGGGCACACCGAGAUGCCGAUAUGGCGGCGAGGGGGCGUACCAAGCCAUUGUGAGAGAGGAGCUGGCUGUCAUAUCGCCCGAGAGGGAGUGCAAGUGGUGGUUUACCCGGACGAGUGCGGACUUGGAUGAAAUCGACUUCACUGGCUGCGACGACAUCUUUGACCUAGCCAUCGCCAACAAGCAGCAGGCGCGCUUCCACACGCUCCUGUGGCACAGCGACGCCUUCUACGGCAACAUCGAGGAGUGGCUUCACGCCAUGAAGGCCGUCGACAAGAGAGCCCAGCUGAUCGGCCACAUUGAGAAAAUGGUCGAGAGGUAUCGGACGCCCAAGUACUCCAACAUCAUCGCAUGGGACGUUGUCAACGAGGGUAUGGCACAUACGCACAACUUAGGUGUCUUGACGUCUGUUUGUCUGUGUCAUGUGAUCUGUGUGUGCAGCGAUUGAUGACGCGCAGGACGAAGCCGAGGUCAGGAGCGGCGGCUACAAGCUGCGUGACAGCAUGUGGCAUCCCGACCUCCCCGAGUAUAUCGACCUCGCCUUUGUUUACGCCCACAAGGCCGGACAGGCCGCCGACGCCAAGCACAACUCCACCACGAUGCCGCCCAUGAAGCUCUUCUACAACGACUACUCGUGCGAGUCCACUGAAGGCUACAGCGGCACCAAAUCGGACGCCGUCUACAACCUCUUGGCGGGCAUGAAGAGACGUGGGGUGCCUGUCGCAGGGGUCGGCUUCCAGUCGCACGUCAACGGCGAGUACAGCUACUAUGAGGGCGUGCGGAAGAACAUGCGGCGUCUGGGCGAGUUGGGGCUGGAGGUGCAGUUCACCGAGCUGGAUGUGGCCUGCGGCAAAUGGGGGGUGGGUGCGGGGGACGACCCCGGCUACACGCCCUGCAAGCAAUCCGAAUGGACACCGGAAAGAGAGCUGCAACAGGCGAGAGGGACCAGAGACAAAGCACAGGCGAAGACAGAGUCCAUGCGACCUCUCUCCAUUUGUGCCUCUAGGCGGAGAUAUACCGGCAGUUUAUGCGUGUAUGUCUGGAAGAGCCCAACUGCACCGGCUUCAUCACAUGGGGCUUUGUGGACAAGUCAUCGUGGCUCAACCGGGGCAUGUAUUCCCCUGACUGGCCGCUGCUCUUUGACUCGUCAUACAAACCCAAGCAGAGCUACCUCGCACUCAGAGAGGAGCUGAGGAACCACACGAUAGCCGCGGAGAAGAUGGGGCGCCGACAGUGACGCCGGCCAGCGUCGUGCGUAGUGUUUGCGUCGCGUCAAGUGGUGCUGUGCUCUCUGACGGGCGACUUAGGCAGUGAAGUAUUUUGUGGUGUUUUGUGUUUUGUGUGGCGGAGGCAGAUAUGAGACAAGACACCGAAUGUCGGUGUCAUUCCAUCCACUGACUGUCGAACAAGUGGUUUUGAGCGAACUGGGGUCUCCUCGAUUGCUGAUUGGGCGGGGUGAUGUGUGUGUGAGAGAUCGAAGGUGUGCAUGCGCCAUGGAUGAGACAUCAUCGCAUUCACGAUCGUUCAACUGACAGGUCGUCCGUUCAUGUAAUUAAUGCGAACAAGCCGAUCGGAUCGCUGGAUGGAUGUGUGUCCGCCUUGCCUGCCUACCUGUGAGCAUGACUACAGCUCUCACUUGACUGUCAAAGACCGCAUUGAUUGACAAAUAC